GAUGCCGCGCGCGGAGCGUCCCUGGUUACCGGCCGGGGCGGCCGAGCGGGCCGGGCAUGGGGCCGCCGCGCUGCCUCUGCGAGAUCUGCUCCUGCGGACGCCAUCGCUGCUGCCAUAAGCCCACGAAGAUUUACAAUGAUUCCCUGCAGCCGUGCCACAAAACUGAGUAUUUGGAGAAAUACCCUGGCUAUGGCAACGUCUGCCCUCCCGAGAGCUGUAAGCCAAAACCACAGUUCCCACAGGAUCAGGGGAGAAUGGACAGCAUCUCAACAUUCAAAUCAGAUUAUUUACCAUAUGAUGUGAAGACACCUUUUCGGCCACAAGCAGAAUAUAGACCAAAGUCAGGGAAGAUUGACCUGGGAACCAUAUACCAGAGAGAUUAUAAUCCUCAUAAAGUAGGACCGGUGACAUUAGCAAGGCCUCGAGAGAGGAAACACACUUCAGGAGCAAAAGUGGAUACCAUCCCAACCUACCAAGAUCACUAUAGGUUAUGGAAAAGCCAAAGAACGGAAUCCUGUAAGGUGGAGCGUCCGUAUGAGCCACCUUUGGAGAAGUUUGGAAAUCCUUCUACAUUUCAAGAUGACUACAUUCCUAGGCAACCCAAUCCCCCCCAGAGCUGCAAACCUUGUGACACCAAGCUGCCAGAGGGGCCUUUCGAUGGUAACACCAUCCAUCGCACCGUGUACGUUGUCCAUGAGAUGGAGCCCCUGUUUGUAAGGCCAAAAGAAGAGUACAAGCCAAGUGACCAACCCUUUGAAGAUCUCACAACUCACCAGAGAGAUUUUAAAGGGAUACCUGGGGAACAAGCAAAAAGCUGCAAGCCUGAAAGUAGAAAACUUGGAUCUGAUCCUUUCAAAGGAACCACUGAAUUCCAGGAACGCUAUCAGCCAUAUUUGGUCACCACGCCCGAGUUCCACAAGCCAAGAGAGUACAUUCCACCCACAGACAAGAUGGAUCUCCACUCCUCAAACCGUCUUGAUUACAUUUCACACAAGGCUGCUCCUAGAGCUCCCAUAAGACCAGCUCCUGGAAGAAGAACCACUGGCCCUUUUCAAGGGAAGACUACUACAAAAGAAGACUUUCAACCCUGGAGCAUCUGUCUGCGAGGGAUUAUUAAGAAAGAACCGCAAAUUCAAAAACCCACAGGAAGAUUUUCUAAUUUAACUACCUUCAGAUCCCAUUACACACCACAUCAGGCCAAUCCACCUCAAAGUUUCAAACCUGCACAUGCUGUAGGUACUGCAGUUCCUUUUAAAGAUGAAACUUUGUAUCGCACUGAAUAUACUCCAAAGAAGCAGGAGGUCUGCCCAGGACUUCAUCCAGAUGCUCUGGGUUAUGUCUAUGUAAACACAGAUUCUCAGGGUCACAAAUUCUACCGCCAGGUGUCUCCAGAACGCUCUGGGUCAAAUUGUAAUCCUAUUCCCAAGGAAGUAGCUGGUGUGUCAUAAUACUUACAUGCAAUAUUUCAAGCACCUUGGUAAAAUAAUCGGAAACCAACUUGUUCAUUUUUUCUUUAGAUAACACUGAAAGCAAAUUAAAUACUGCAAAUUUCGAAAAAGUUUGAAGAAAACCAAAGCCAAACCAAAGUUUAUUACAAGACUAAUAAAGAUUUGCCAAAUGCUGAAGGAACACUA